UUGUCAACGUGCGAUCGGACCUAGAGAGAACACGUGUUAAAUUAAUGCAAUUUCUUUCGCGACUGCCACCAUCUUCGAUUUGUCACACAGGUGCUUUUCUCACUCGCCGACGCCGUGAUGGAUUAACGGUCUGGAACCGGUGAAAAAGGGUAAGAGGAAGGUGGUCUUACGAGAAAGGAGGCUCCCGCGCGAUCUUCCACGCUUUGUUUUUAACAAACAAUGGGGGAGGACGAUUAAACCAAGGUUUAAACGUUCGCUGGAAUAGCUCGAGAUUCGCCGGUGUUUGUCUUUUUUUGUAACGAGAAAGAAGAAUUGGGAAUUGGAUGUUCGAAGGUAUCGGUGAUUUCGACGCCCGCAAGCGAGGUGAUCUUCGGGACUGAGUGGUGUCUCGUUGAGUUGAACGCUCAAAUAGGGGACAUCCGGAGCGCAUAGCUGUCGUCUCGACUGGAAGAACGAUGGCGCGGAAAUGCGUGAAACGUAAGCGAUAUCCGGCUACCUCGGAACCACCUUCGAAAAGUAUCUUCUUGACGCGAUCAACGGGGAAAUCAUCGAAUCACGGGCAAAAGGGUGGAGCGAGACCUCGAAUCGGGUGAAAGUCGGCAGCGUUUCGACGCGAUCGAGAUCGAUACCGAGAUCCACCCCUCUUGGGAGAGGGGGGUGGGGAAGAGGGAGAAGCGACGAUCGAUUUCACGAAGAGAUACAUCGGAUGCGUUCGAAUUCGAGCCACGUAGCAGCCGCCAAUCGGGCUGCUCCUCGAGGAAAUCUUUGAGGCUUUGGACUAUCAUCCGAGUGGGUGGGCGGUGUGGAUGCUUUCGUAACCAAUAAACCGAUCCGCCUGGGCUCGAUUCAAUUAGCGGUCGGGGAAGGAAUCGAGAACGAAGAGGCUUUCCUCUUCGUUCGCCCUCGUUGGGGGAGGGGGCAAAAAAAAGAAGAAGAAAAAAAAGGGAGGAGCGAGAUGGCUCACGAGUCACGAGGUGAUACGCGUGAAAGAGGUUGAAGCUGACUGGCCUGCUUCCCGACAAAAUCCUAUUGAUCGAGAUGAGAUCUCAUUAAGGGCGUGCCUCGCCUCUUUCGAGGGUGAGAGAUCGAGGGAGCGGGCCGUCACUCGCGCCGCGGAAAAUCAACCGUUGACCCGUGAAUACGAGAGGGAAAGCGACGAGGAGUGAACGAGAGAGAGAGAGAGAGAGUGAGAGGGGGAGAGGACCGUUUUGGGCGAAACACAGGUCGAGACACGUUUCCUGGCCGAUUAGAAACGGUUUUCUGAGGCAAAGGGCCGGGAUUAAUAUGUGCUUUGGACGAGUGCCGCGAGCUGAAAGUUGCCAGACCGGCGUGAACACCGACGACAGCUGUCGAAAGGAAGACGGGGGGAUCGUCGAGCUGUGUUGGUGGUCCUGCUCCGCGGGGAUGGGGAUGCUGUUGCCCGACGAGACUUACGAGGAACGUUCCUCGUCCUCGAGACGUAGCUCGUGCCCGAACGUUCUCGCGGAUAUCGACGAGGUCGAGGCGGCCAAGGCUUUGGCCGCGUUCAGAAAGUGCGACGAGUUCCUCAAGAGGCACGGGAUCAGGCCCGAGUUCUUCUGCAGGCACAGGGAACGUUUGGCGCUCCAGACUUGGCUGUUGCAGAGGUCCAAGCUCUCUUCCGAUGCCUCGUCCUCGAACGAAGCCGUGCACCUCCAGCAGCGUCUCAGGAGCCUGAGCACGGAACUGGUGACCCUGAGGAACCGGCUGCACGUGAACCAGCCGCCGAACAAUUCAGGGCCGAACAGCGCCGCCUCCGCGCCCCUGUCCAAGAGCCCGGAAAAGGGCGGGGUACCAUCGUCCCCCGCGCCCGCCGUCCCGCCGAGGACCACGUUACCGAUCUCGGCCGCACUGCCGCACUCCCUCGGCCAUCCUUCGGGGCACACGUUGACGGCGUCCGCCAUCGUUCAUCCGCACGUCAAUCACGCCGUCACCGCGAACACGCUCGGCCACAACUCGACCGCUGCUAAUAAUUUAAUAUCCGACUUGGACCCACCGAAGCGGCACAAUGGGAUCCCGGACGACGGUAUAGUUUCGUGCGUGACCGCGCUGGGCUGCCUGCGCUCGCCGCCGAUCUCCAGCAUUAUCGCCGACGUGAAAAACGCGAAGAGCAACCAGGGUCAGCAUCGAUGUCUCCCGAAAGGUGCCGCGGCUUCUCCCGGGCCUGCCACUUCCACGGCCUUGGACGACCUCAUUCAUCUACCUGGACCUCUGACGGAGGACGCGGUGCUCAAGUGUCUGCAAGCUCGAUUCUGCGCCAAACAGUACCACACAAACGUGGGCCCCAUACUGGUCUGUAUCAAUCCAUAUACGGACGUCGGGAAUCCAUUGACCUUAACGAGCACCAGGGCCGUACCUUUGGCGCCCCAGCUGAACAAAGUCGUUCAGGAGGCCGUGAGACAGCAGUCGGAAACUGGAUACCCGCAGGCCAUCAUUCUUUCCGGAACGAGUGGUUCCGGGAAGACGUACGCCUCCAUGUUGCUACUAAGGCAACUGUUCGACGUGGCGGGAGGUGGUCCUGAAACGGAUGCUUUUAAACAUUUGGCGGCGGCGUUCACGGUUCUGAGGUCUCUGGGAUCCGCAAAGACUGCCACCAAUUCAGAAAGUUCUAGAAUAGGUCAUUUUAUCGAGGUCCAGGUGACGGACGGCGCCUUGUACAGAACGAAGAUACAUUGUUACUUUCUGGACCAGACGCGAGUGAUCAGGCCCCUACCCGACGAGAAGAACUAUCACAUAUUUUACCAAAUGUUGGCCGGCCUGUCGCACGAGGAACGAGUCAAACUUAACUUGGAGGGUUACAACUUGAAGAACCUUAGGUAUCUGCAGCACGGGGAUACCAGGCAGGACGAGGCUGAGGACGCGAUCAGGUUUCAAGCGUGGAAAGCUUGCUUGGGUGUGCUGGGUAUACCCUUUCUGGACGUGGUCCGAGUUCUUGCGGCGGUGUUGAUCCUCGGCAACGUCGGUUUCACGGAUCGCCCUGGCGUGGAGGUGGGGGUGAUCGGUGAGAACGAGUUGGCGUCGGUCGCGGCCCUCCUGGGCGUGCCACCCCCAGCGUUGCUCAGAGGGCUCACCUCGAGGACUCACAAUGCUCGCGGCCAAUUGGUGAAGUCGGUCUGCGACGCGAACAUGUCUAACAUGACCAGGGAUUCGCUGGCCAAAGCUCUCUACUGCCGUACCGUGGCCACGAUCGUGAGGAGGGCCAACAGCUUGAAGAGAUUAGGCUCUACCCUUGGCACCUUGUCGUCCGACUCCAACGAGUCUGUUCAUAACCAGGCCGAGGUGACCAGCCAACACGCGUCCACUAUUGGCAGCUCUGCGGGUGGUACCGGUUCCAGAAGCAUGACCGCGUUGAACAACGCGGUACGACACGCGACGGAUGGGUUCAUCGGGAUCCUGGACAUGUUCGGUUUCGAGGAUCCGAAGCCGAGCCAGCUGGAGCAUCUGUGCAUCAACCUUUGCGCGGAGACGAUGCAACACUUCUACAACACGCAUAUAUUCAAGAGUUCGAUCGAGAGUUGCCGGGACGAGGGCAUCCGGUGCGACGUGGAGGUCGACUACGUCGACAACGUGCCCUGUAUCGAUCUCAUCUCAUCCCUGAGGACCGGAUUGUUGAGCAUGUUGGACGUGGAAUGCUCGAUACGAGGCACGGCUGAGAGCUACGUGGCGAAAGUGAAGGUUCAGCACAAGCAGAAUCCACGAUUGUUCGAGCCAAGGACCGUCGAUUGCAGGUCUUUCGGGAUUCAACAUUUCGCUGGCAGGGUCACCUACGACGCUUCCGACUUCUUGGAUACCAACAAGGACGUGGUCCCGGAUGACCUGGUGGCCGUGUUCUACAAGCACACGUGCAGCUUCGGUUUCGCUACCCAUUUGUUCGGCAGCGAGUUGAAAGCCUUGUACGCGAGCGACACGGUGCCAAGAGGUGUCAGCUUCAGGAUAUCGCCUACCUCGCACACAGACCUGUUGAACGGGGACGAGCCGAUCUCGACGUUGACGCAGGACUUCCACACGAGGCUGGACAAUCUGCUGAGGACCCUGGUCCACGCGAGGCCCCACUUUGUCAGGUGCAUCAGGAGCAACGGUACAGAGACGCCCCUUCACUUGGACAGAGGCGUGACCAUGCGUCAGAUACGAUCCCUUCAGGUUCUCGAGACGGUGAACCUAAUGGCCGGCGGAUAUCCCCAUCGGAUGCGCUUCAAGGCGUUCAACGCGAGGUACAGGCUGAUCGCGCCGUUCAAGCAAUUGCGACGCGCCGAGGAGCAAGCGGUGGAGGACACCAAGCUCAUCUUGCAGAACGCGCAACAGCUGAAGAGCAAAUUCGGCGCGAGCACCAGCUGGGCGCUCGGCAAGAGGCACAUCUUCCUUAGCGAGGGCAUUAGGCAACAGCUCGAGAACCUGCGCUCCGAAACGCGGAGGAAAGCCGCCACCGUGAUACAGGCAACGUGGAGGGGAUGGCGAGUGCGAAGAAGAUGGCCUCUCAGGAAGACGACGAUAGGGGUGACGUCCGGUAUCGGGCAGAAGAAAUCUCAACAACCACCUACUUCGACGACCACGGGUACCGUGCAGAGGAACGUGACGGUGGCCACCGGAACCGGAACCGGAACACGGCCGAGGCCUCAGCCGAUCGCUGGCACUCCACCACCCGACCCAUCGGAGAAAUGCGCCGAUCAGAAGAUGAUCCAGCAAACGUGCACUCUGUUCGGAUUGGAUUUGGAACGGCCGCCUCCGCUUCCUCCAAGCAGAUCGUACACCGUGACUGGAAACACGAAGUUGGGCUAUCCGCAGACAAGGAUCAUGAAGAUGCCAUUUCCAGAAGAGGGUGAAGGGGAGGUGGUCCUGCUGAAGGGUGAAACGGUUCUGGUCGUGGGGGCGUCUCCCAGGCGAGGCCACCUGCUGGUGGAGCACAACAACACCACGCUGCACGUGCCCUAUCAGUUCAUGGAGCUGAAACCGUGUAAUAUUAACAUCUGAAACGCGUUAUUUAUUUCCGUCCCUUAUUUUCAUCAUUCGUACGACGCCGUGUUUAAAUCGUUAUUUUUUUUUUUUUACGAACGCGAGCAACACUCGACUUCGUUAAAUUUGUUCUCAAUCAAGAGGAGAUGGUCGGUUUCGCAGAAGAUUGGUGGAAAUUGAAAUUUUUAUUUAUAUUCGGACAAGAUAUUUAUAAAAUAGAGAGAGAGAGAGAGAGAAAGUUUUGUUUCGUUGGGAUUAGAAAAUGGACAGAGGAUUUCACGGAAAUGAAGAUAGAAAAUUACAGGAUGUAACGAUGCAUGGGCACCCGUUUUUAAUUUAAAAGAAAGAUUCGAGUGGAAUCUCCGUUUCCACCCGCGAUUCCAUCCUUUCGCCUUUGUUAUAUUCCUACCAACGGGUAAUCCGCAAUUAUGCUGACAUUCUAUCUUCCCUGAUACAUCCUUUUCCCUCGGCUCCUUUUGAGGUCUUUUCUCUCUCCUCCCUCCCCUCCCCCUCCCCAACUUUUCCACUUCGAGAUAAAAAUAACUGGCAGAUGGAAAACAAACGUGUAUCCACACCCACUGUAAACGUUAUUACUCGAUGAACUUCCGGAUACAAUUUCAUUCCUACGCUCUUCGACUUCCAAUUAACUUGUCACAAUCACCCUCUGCUCUUUUUUUUUUCCUUUUUUUUUUUUUUCCUUUCUCAUCCCCUUUCUCGAAGAGAUCGAUAAUUUUUCCCGUUUUUCGUCGUUCCACGAAUUCCACCUUCUUUUUCAUCGCGAGGAAGAAGAAGAAGUGAUAAAAGAAAAAGAAAAAAAUGACAAAAAAAAAUCUCUCCACCAUGGAUGAAAAUUGCAAUUUAAUUGAUAUCGAAUGAAAAGAUUGGAAGAGGAGGAGAAAGAGGAGAAGGAGGAGGAGGAGGAGGAGGAGGAAAAACAAAGCGGAAAAUAAUAUCGUAUAAUCCAGUUGUGUAAGAGUUGUGUUUACGAUCGGUUGCAGUUCGAUGCAGUAGAGAUUAGAAUUUAGAAUCGCUGCAAGGACAAUGAACUUUGUCCUUUAAUUAAUUACGUCGCGAGUUUCACGCGGUGUUUAUCGUUCGCUCGAGAGUCUCGUCUUCCUCCGCUUCUUCCGCGUGGGUGGCAGUCAUACACCCUUGCCCCCUCCCCUUCCUCGAGGAGCGGCGUUCGUCUUCCAUGCAAGAUAAGUCCGCCUCCUCCGCGUUUUCGAAUUAGUGAGCCUGUUAGCCCGUUAAACGCCGCCGAGUCUCGCGAUCCACCCAUAAAACUAGGCUUUAACGCGUUAAUGCAAUGCCCCGUUUCGAUGCUCGAUCGUGUAAAGAUAAGGACGAUGAACACGAUCUGAACCGUGAUGGACCUCGAAUGACGAAAGAAAGAGAGAAAUUUGAAGAUGAAAUUUAGUUAGUGAUGCGUUCGAACGAUUUUUUCCCUCGAAAUUCUCGAAGUUUUAACGAAACGAUGAUUGAUAGACACGGCGCGUGUACGAGAGGAAUCUAAGAGGAGGGCGUAAGGUAAAAAAGAAGAUCGAAAAGGAUCGAUGCAUGCAAGCGGUUAAUAAGUGGUUAGAGGAUAUUUGCCAACAGUAUUCCUUCCGUCUGUCUUUGAAUUCUUAGUGCCAAUUUCUAGAGGACAAGUGUCUGCCGUGGAACGUCCAAAUUUUCUUUCUCAAGGUUCUUUUCUUUUUCUUAAUUAUAUAAUAAAAUACGACUUGGAUAGAUCUAGAGGAAAGAUAGGGGCGAGAUUUGGUCGUUCCACGGUGUGUUUGUAUUAUACGAUUAAAGAGAUCGACUUCGAUUAAGACAAUAUGCUCGACGAUAUCUCUAAAGAAUAGGUCUAAUCGAACAAGUUACUCUAUCUCAUUAUCGCGAUAAUCAUAAUAGGCAAACAAUUUCUAACAUUGAAUCGGGAAAGGUAGACAGGAGAGAAAGAGAGAGAGAGAGAGAGAGAGAGAGAGAGAGAGAGAGAGAGAGAGUGAGAGAGUGAGUGCGCUUUGUAGAUAUAAUACGAAACUCGUUCAGUUAGAAACGAUAAGCGUCCAUUGAGAGGAGGAACAGGCGGUGGAGUGAAACUCUGCCGAGUUCAGCGUCUCGAGAAUAUGUACAUACGAGUAUGUAUGCCGAAUGGUACGUAGUAUACAGAUACCGGAGCCUGAUGCAUGUGUAUGGGUAAGCUGUAAGUACGUCGAGAUAUUUUUGAAUAAAAUAUAAGCGUCUUUGAAAAUAACAACGAUA